AUGGAGGCCUUAAGAUCAAGAACUGAGGCACAUCUUCAAAAUGUUUUGUCUAACAGAUCAGAAAUACGUCAUAUUGAUCCUCAAAAUAAUCUCGGUGAUGCUGACUUGUUGCACCAGAUUGGUUAUAAACAGGAAUUACGUCGUCACUACUCCACCCUCCAAAUGUUUGGUGUGGCCUUUUCUAUCAUGGGUUUACUACCAAGUAUAUCUUCUGUGUUAGUGUUGGGCUUGGAAGCUGGACCAGCUGGUUUGGUCUGGGGAUGGUUUAUUGCAUGCGUAUUUAUCUUUUGCCUCGGUUGCUCAUUAAGUUUUUUGGGUAGUGCAAUUCCAACCAGUGGUGGAUUGUACUACUAUACCAACUACUAUUGUCCUGAUUCAAUUCGUGUUCCCUUGAGUUUCUUAAUUGCAUGUUCCAACUCUCUUGGGUUAAUUGGAGGCUUGUGCAGUAUCAGUUAUGGUUUUGCUGUGGAAUUAUUAUCGGCAGUCUCACUUUCUAAAGAUGGAAAUUUUGACAUCACCAAUGCCAAAUGUUAUGGAGUCUUUGCAGCAUGCGUUAUCACAUGUGUGACCAUUCUGUGUUUGGCUACAAAACAUGCAGCCGCGUUGCAAACAAUUUCGAUUGCUGUCAACGUAUUUCUUAUUCUUUUGUUUAUCAUUGCUGUACCUGUAGGAGUUGGUCACGGAUUCAAUAAUCGUGAGUUUAUUUUUGGCAAUUUCGAAAAUUCAAGAGAUUGGAAUGCGGUUUGGAGUGGGUUUCUUGCGUUACAACCUGCUGCAUGGACUAUUGGUGGUUUUGACUCUGUCAUCCAUCUUUCGGAGGAAGCUAAAAAUGCUCAAAGAGCCAUUCCCUUUGGAAUCUUGGGUUCGAUUUUUGCUUGCUGGAUCCUUGGUUGGGUUAUAGUUGUUGUGUGUGCUGCAUGUAUUCAAAACGGUGAUGUCUCACGACUCUUGGCUUCCGAAACCGGCUCCCCAAUGGCACAGAUCAUUUACGAUGCUUUGGGGAAAAAAUGGGCUGUAGCUUUCAUGUCAUUGAUUGCUGUUGGUCAAUAUCUUAUGGCAAUUUCAAUGUCAAUUGCUCUCUCUAGACAGAUUUGGUCAUUUGCGCGUGAUGAUGGUUUGCCAAUUGUCUACAAGUGGGUAAAAUAUGUUAACCCCCAAGUUAAAGUGCCCAUAAGGGCUACUGUCUUUGCUGGUAUUAUGUCGUUGAUCUUGGGUCUUUUGGUUUUAAUCAAUGGAAGUGCUGGAUCUGGGGCCUUGUUCUCGUUAGGUAUCUGUUCCAACUCUCUUGCAUUCUUGACUCCCGUGGUUUUGAUACUCUUACCAUAUGGCAGAAGAUUAUUUGUGCCUGGUCCGUUUCAUUUAGGUAAAGUUUUGACUUCGGUGGUAAAUGGGUUGACUGUAUUUUGGCUAUUGCUUAUUAUGAUCAUUGCUAUGUUUCCUGAUAGCAAGAGUGUGAACAAAGAUUCAAUGAACUACACUGUGGUGAUCAAUAUUGGCGUUUGGGCAUUGUCCUUAAUCUAUUACUAUGUUUGGGGUUACAAGUCGUACUCAGGUCCAAGAAGCAACUUGGACGACGUCGACGUCAAUUACGAAGACAAAGGUUCUAAUACAUCAGAAGUACACGGUAUUGAUAUUUUGUUGGAAGAAAAGGCAUAA